AUGGCCGCGUCCACCCUGUCCGUCUGCUCCAGCGACCUGAGCUACGGCAGCCGCGUCUGCCUGCCCGGCUCCUGUGACUCCUGCCCCGACUCCUGGCAGGUGGACGACUGCCCAGAGAGCUGCUGCGAGCCCCCCUGCUGUGCCCCCCCCUGCUGUGUCCCCAGCUGCUGUGCCCCCCCCUGCUGUGUCCCCAGCUGCUAUGCCCCCCCCUGCUGUGUCCCCAGCUGCUGUGACUCCAGCUGCUGUGCCCCAGCCUCCUGCCUGACCCUCAUCUGCACCCCUGCGAGCUGCGGGUCCAGCCCCUGCCAGUCAGCCUGCACCAGCUCCUGCCAGCCCUCCGGCUGCAGCUCAUCCCCCUGCCAGGGAGACUGCUGUGUGUCUGUCUGCUGCCAGCCCGUCUGCUGCACCCCUGUCUGCUGCCAGGCCUCCCCCUGCUCAGCCUCCUCAUGCUGCCAGCAGUCUAGCUGCCAGCCCUCCGGCUGCAGCUCCUCCCCCUGCCAGGAAGACUGCUGCCAGCCCCCCGUCUGCUGCACCCCUGUCUGCUGCACCCCUGUCUGCUCUGGGCCCUCCCCCUGCUCGGCCUCCUCCUGCUGCCAGCCCAGCCCCUGCUCCUCGUCCUGCUGCAGACCGUCCUCCUGCGUGUCCCUGCUCUGCCGCCCCGUGCGCAGACCCGCCUGCUGCGUGCCCGCCUCCUCCUGCUGUGCCCCCGCCUCCUCCUGCCAGCCCAGCUGCUGCCGCGGGGCCUCCUGCGUGUCCCUGCUCUGCCGCCCUGUGGGCUCCCGCCAGGCCUCCUGUGUGCCCGCCUCGGCCCAGAAGUCCUGCUGCUGA